AGCUGCCAAGCUACAUUAUUUUGUGCCCUGCCAUUUUAUCACACCGCCUUUUUUUCACCCCGGAACGCGGAACUCACACGAGACAGCCUGCUAUAUCGACGGCAAGCCAUUGUGACGCUCCUUCAAGGCUGAGGCUGCCGCCAACACAUCCACAAUACUCUAGACACGGGCGCGGAGUUGCCGACCGCCAGACGACGUCACAGCAGCCAUGUCACGGCCCGAGGACACCCUCGCGGCCGACGUCCACUACGAUGACACCGAGGCGCGCAAGUACACGACGAGCUCGCGCAUCCAAAACAUCCAGGCGAUAAUGACGCGGCGCGCCCUCGAGCUGCUCGAGCUCAAGUCGCCUAGCCUGAUCCUCGACGUCGGCUGCGGCAGCGGCCUGUCGGGCGAGAUGCUGACGGCCGAGCUGCCCGAGGACGGCGGGCCGCACACGUGGGUCGGCAUGGACGUGAGCCCGUCGAUGCUGGACGUGGCGCUGCAGCGCGACGUCGAGGGCGAUCUGAUGCUGGCCGACAUCGGGCAGGGCGUGCCGUUCCGCGCCGGCACCUUCGACGCCGCUAUUAGCAUCAGCGCCAUCCAGUGGCUAUGCAACGCCGAGAGCAGCGACACGUCGCCCCAGGGCCGCCUGACGCGCUUCUUCAACGGGCUCUACGCCUCGCUCCGCCGCGGCGGCCGCGCCGUCUGCCAGUUCUACCCCAAGAACGACACCCAGCGCGACAUGAUCGCCGGCGCCGCCAAGCGCGCCGGCUUCGGCGCCGGCCUGCUCGAGGACGACCCGGACACCAAGAACAAGAAGGUCUAUCUAGUGCUCACGGUCGGUGGCAGCGCCGCCGACGGCAGCGGCGGCGACAUCACCGACGUGGUCAAGGGAAUGGACAACGUCGACGUCAUGGACGUCGCCAGGAGGAAUCAGAAGUCCGGGAGGGGGGAGAUGAAGAAGGGCAGCAAGGCAUGGAUCAUGAAGAAAAAGGACCAGAUGGAGCGCAAGGGUAAAGUGGUUAAGUCGAGUUCCAAAUACACAGGCAGGAAACGGCGUCUGGCGUUUUAAGUAGGGGGUCGACUUUCUGCCGCUGGAGUUCUAACGCCAGUGCUUCUUUACCUGGCAUCACGAUUUGCAUUGUACGGCGUUUUGGUUUUUGGGUUUUUGGGGCCUGGGUGGGAAAAUAACUAGCGAUUUCUUUCUGGCCUGCCUUUACUCUUGUGAGCAUUCUAGUGGCGCCAUGUCCUGAGCUGUAUGAAUCUGGGUUGCCAUUCGGCGACGUGAUGGAAUGAAGAGCUCUGCCCGCUCGCUGCAUGACAUCUGUCGAGCUACGGCCAAGCAUGGUGCCUCUUUGUAAGAAUGUGAAGAGAUUCACAAAGAAAACGCUUGGGCGCUGAGCCACAACAUAGUCUUGCUGCUGGCCCCCUUGUCUCACGCACACGCAAACCCAACCCCGAGGUCAAACCCAGGCCUACUCACUGGGGCGGUCCCGGCUGGCCCAAGUCGAACCACCGUUAAAUGACGAUGGCUGCCGGUAGAUGUGGAAGAUUUAAUCGCUGUAUUUCAUGACGG